AUGCGCGAAGCGUUCUUCAUUUUUAGUUUGAUUUCACCGGUAAAAUUCAGAUUAGGUUCAUUGAGUGAAUAUGAGUUUUCAGUUGUUAGCAGUGGAACUGAUUCACUUGCACGACGGGUCCCCUUUGUAUGGCGAGGAAGUUUCUUCAGCUCAUGGGAAAAAAGUAACUCAGUAUCUCGGAAUUCCCUUCGCUGAGCCGCCAAUUGGCGAUUUGAGGUAGGAAUCGAUACAAAACGCUUUUUUUUCAAUCAUUUUUUCUAAGGUUUCGAAAGCCAAGGCCUAAAAAACCAUGGAGAACACCAUUCAAUGCGACUUCACAGCCCAAUUCCUGCAUACAAGUGAUAAUUCAAGAAAAAAUUCUUUUUUUUCAAAGGAUGUUCAGAGUUCCGACACAUACUUUGGAGACUUUUACGGGGCAGCCAUGUGGAACGCCAAUACGGAGAUGUCUGAAGACUGCUUGUAUCUCAAUGUUUUCGUACCUGGAAAGGUGAGUCUGCCUAAAUAUUGGAGCGAAAUAAAAGUUUCCAGACCGAUCCUUCUAAAAAGUUGGCAGUAAUGGUAUGGGUUUUCGGAGGAGGUUUUUGGUCUGGGACCUCGACUUUAGACGUUUAUGAUGGCAGAAUAUUCUCAGCGUAGGCAAUAUUUAUUAAUUUCGAAAAAUUAUAAUCUUUUCAGAGAAGAAAAUAUAAUACUAGUUUCUAUGAACUAUCGGGUGUCAAUCUUCGGAUUUUUGUACAUGGACCGACCAGAAGCCCCAGGAAACAUGGGCCUGUGGGACCAGCUGAUGGCCCUCAAAUGGGUGAGUAAAACUGACUUAUCUGCUCAAAACUUUGAAAUCCUGCAUUACUUUUGGAACUUGCUUAGACAUCUUUAUAGCGUUUCGAAGAUAGACAAAGUAAAAAACUCACAAUUUUUGAAAAGAGGCGAGUAUUUUAGAGGUUUUUUACUCAAACGCUGUUAAAUGCGGCCGCUUUGAAGAAUUCAUUUUUUUUUAUAAGUUGAGAUUUUUGAUCAUUUUACACUAUUACAAGGCUUAUCUUCCUAUUCUUACUACGCCUUCAUACCGCUUGAGCGGCGUCGGCGUCCCUAGUCAAUUAGCCGAGGUCCUAUCCUGAUACCAAUGAUAAUCAGUUGACUGGCUCUAGUGACAUAUCCGUCCUUGUGUGUGGCGGCUUGCGAUUUUCGAAGUCGUGGUUUUCCACUACCAACAUUCCUUAAACUCCUUGGUUGGGUCGAGGCGGGGAUCGAGCUUGUGACCCUGUGGACCGUAGACAGGCACGCAACCUGUUGCUCUAUGGCGCGCAAUUUCCGAAGUCUCAUCCAAAAUAUGAAAAUUUGUUGGAACCAGAUCUACAAUGUUGGCUCAAACAGUUUUUCAGUCAGCUUUAUUUCCUAAAUCUUGAAGAUUCAAGUAGAAAUACUACCGUUGUUAGUUUCUCAACCUAACUUUCAAAUCGAUUCAGAUUCACAAAAACAUCGACUUAUUUGGAGGCGAUCCAACUCGAAUCACGUUGUUCGGCGAAUCCGCGGGAGCAGCUUCAGUCAAUAUGCACAUGCUCAGUUCCAGAAGUGCGCCAUACUUCGAGGUUAACCUUGGCACUUUUUUUCCACCAUUCACUUUUUUAUCAGGCGAAGAAAAAAUGUUUCAUUGAUUAUUCAGUGAGCUUCAAUGUUUCUAGUAUCGCUGGCAUAGCAAAGAUUUUACUGAUUUGUGAGAUUCAUCGAAUACAACUUCCUUAUUCUUCCAUAGGGAAAAUUGGCACGAACAUCUUUAAAAAAACGUUCCGAGAUGCCAGUUGAUCAGUGAAAUGAGAUCAAUUUGAAUAUGUUACAGGGAAUCCGAAAAAAAAAUAGUGUUUUCUGAAAAACUGUGAGCCUUUUUCCUAGUCCCGUUCAAAACUUGUACACUGUAAAUUUAGAGAGCCGUGCUGCAAUCUGGUUCAGCAACGGCUCCUUGGGCGAUCGAACCUCGAGAAGUUGCCCUGGCAAGAAGCGUCGUCAUGUUCAACGCCAUGAAGUGCGGCAAUAUGUCCCUACAACAUCCAGAUUAUGACCGCAUUCUUGAAUGUUUUUUGAGAGCUGACUCUGAGUUGAUACGGUAGCAGAAAGUUCUAGAAAGAAACUUCGAACUUUGCCAAAUUUAGAGAAAACGAAUGGGCUCCUGUUCGAGAAUUCGCUGACUUUCCUUGGGUUCCGGUCAUCGACGGCGACUUCCUCGUUGAGAGCGCUUCAACUUCUUUGAAGCAAGGUUGAACUUUGCUUGAACUUUCAAAAACAUUUUAUUUUGAGGGAACUUCAAAAAAACUCAGCUCUUAGCAGGGAGCAAUCUCGACGAAAGCAUUUAUUUCAUUACUUACCAACUUCCAGUGAGAAAAAAUUGUGUCGAGAUUUGAAUAUUCAAUACUUUCAGAACAUAUUUCCAGUGAAAGACAUGUUCACGAAAAAAGAUUUUGUUCCGGACAGAAGCACUUGGUUGAAAGCGAUUGGAGACUUGCUCCCCAGGCAAAUGAUGAAGUGCCAAUUGACUAUGGCUGCCAUUCUACACGAAUACGAGCCAGCGGAUUUGCCAGGCUAGAGAGAAAAGUUAUGUUUUUAUACAAUAUGAUUUUUUGCAGUUAUGCCUCAGGAUUGGAUGAAUGCGAUGGAUAAAAUGCUGGGAGACUAUCACUUCACUUGCAAUGUCAACGAGAUGGCUCUUGCUCACAGCAAACAUGGCGGAGACACUUAUUACUACUACUUUACUCACAGGUAAUCAAAAACUCAAUAGGUAAUUAAUCAAAAAAAAAAUUUUCUGUAAGGGCUCUUUCUCCUUUUUUUUCUCUUUUUGAAAGCCAACUUAUAGCUGCGCAAGUAGAGAAAAAAUUGGUAAUUACCAAUAACUGUUCUGAUGCUUCAGAGCCACAGCUCAAACAUGGCCCGACUGGAUGGGAGUUCUACACGGCUACGAAAUAAACUUCAUUUUUGGAGAGCCUUACAACCAGAAACGGUUCAACUAUACGGACGCCGAAAGAGAACUCAGCAGCCGAUUCAUGCGAUACUGGGCAAAUUUUGCGAAAACUGGGUAAAUCGAUGUUUUCGAAGCUUUUCUGAACAAAUUGUUUGAGUGAUCCGAACAAAAACGACGACGGCUCUUAUACUAGCGACAUUUGGCCAAAAUACGUAGCCAGCUCCAUGGAAUACAUGAAUCUUACUGUAGAGAAAGCUUACCCAGACGGCAAAAGAAUUGGCCAUGGUCCACGACGACGCUUCUGCGCUUUCUGGAAAGCCUAUCUUCCAAAUUUGAUGGCAGCCGUUGGUGAGAAAGCCGUAAAGAAUUAAGUAUUUUGUUAUUUUUUCAGCGGACGUCGGAGAUCCGUACUUGCUCUGGAAACAGCAAAUGGAGAAGUGGCAAAACGAGUACAUCACUGAUUGGCAGUAUCACUUUGAACAGUACAAAAGGUUUUGCUUUCAAAAAUUAUUUUUUUGAUGACAGCAAGAUUUUUUUGUCAGCAAUAAGAUGACCUUCACUUAUACUUUUAUAAAGUCCGAAAGUUCUUCAAAAACAGAAUUCAGAAUAAAUCCUGCAAGCUCAGGAGCGUGGUACUAGACCCUAAUCAAAUUUCAUUGAAAGUAUCUCUGUUCUGCUUUGGGUUUUUCACAAAAAGUUUACCGAAAUGCUUUUUCUGAGAAUACACCAAAAUUCUUUUUUUCUGAGAAUAAAUUUGAAAUGUUCAGAUACCAAACAUACCGACAAAUCGACUCAGAAACGUGUGGCGGCUGA